UCAAAUUAUAAGUAUAUCGGUAUCGCUGUGGUUCUGACAACUUAAUAUUUUUUUUUUUUGCGAGCAACACAGAUUAGUUUUAAUGAUAUUGAAUGAAAUAUAAUUAGUCGUCAAAGUGUCAGUUCUAUAUACACAUAUUGUAAUAAUCCAAAAAAUUACGUGGGCAUAUGAUACGCUACUAAAAGUUAAAUCAAAGACUCGUGUGACGCGGUAAAUGGAAUUUCAUAUCACGCGUUUAAGGGACGUUUGAGCAAGCCAUCAACCACUAAAGUCUUGCGGUAUAUUUGUUAAGUAAAUACAGAGUGUGGGAUAUGGAAGCGGCAACAGCCACUAUGGUUGGCGAGCCACAGUUGGCCACUGCCCCAGAAUUGCCUAGCACAUCAUCAGAUGCCGGCAGCAAUGAUAAUGGCAACGACAACAACAAUGCCAUGGAGCGUGUGGACACUGACAAUAUUGGCUGGGCCAAGAAACCCGCUGAGUCCUCAUCGGAGUUGCGCCAUAGGUCAACAUCAUAUUCAUUCACGGGCAGCGCCCUGGCCAGCGGCAAUAUUGCAGAUCUGAAUGGGUCGGCUUCAAAUGAGGCGAACCCAUCGUCGUCAUCAUCAACAACAACAACAGCAGCAACUGCAUCUGCAUCAGCAUCAGCAUCAGCAACAGCAACUCCACCCACUGAUGGCAGCAACAACAACAGCAACGACAAGGAACAAAACGAGGAAUCACUGUACGAGUGCAAUAUAUGCUUGGAUACGGCAAAGGAUGCGGUGGUCAGCAUGUGCGGCCAUCUCUUCUGCUGGCCCUGCUUGCAUCAGUGGCUGCUAACACGGCCAAAUCGCAAGCUCUGCCCCGUUUGCAAGGCAGCCGUUGACAAGGACAAAGUCAUACCACUUUAUGGUCGCAAUAGCACACGCCAAGAAGAUCCACGCAAUAAGGUGCCGCCGCGUCCUGCCGGGCAGCGCUCAGAGCCCGAGCCAGCGCCUGGCUUCCCGGGGUUUGGUUUUGGUGAUAGCUUCCAUGUAUCAUUCGGCAUUGGUGCUUUUCCCUUUGGUUUCUUUACAUCAUCACUUAACUUUGGCGAACCGCGGCCAGCAGCUGCUAAUCGCGGUACCACACAGUACGACGAUGAGCAGACGCUGUCGAGACUGUUUUUGUAUCUCGCCUUUCUAUGCAUCGGCUGGCUACUGUUUGCCUAGCAAUCUCUGGGCAACGCAGCUUUUCAAUUAACAGAACAGGCUCCGCUACAGCAAUAAGGAAAUCACCAACUAAUGCAAACAACAUCAAGAACACUAAAAUUGGCAAACGAAAACAUCAACAACAACAACAAAACAAAGAAAUACCCCGAAGAGAGAAAUCCUCAAAAAUUCAUUGAGUGAGCAGCCUCCAAGCGCUUGAUUCUUGCAGUUAGUGUCCUUGUAAAUUCACGGCAUGCUGUCUUUCAAUUUUAAUACCAACUUUUAACCCUUUUCCUUUUCAACGUAAUUUCCCAAUAUUUUUUUUCGCCUUUUGAUAUUUAGAAAUUGUACCUUUUACAAGUUAUAGUUAAAAACAUCGUUGAUAGGAUUGCUAAAACAAUUCAACUUCAGCCCGCAUCACAUAGAAACGAAUCCUUUCGUAAUGAACUUUUGGACGCAAGCGAUAAUGAAAAUAAUAAUAUAUAUGUAACGAAUAUGAAUUGUAUAAAUUAAAAUUUAAAUAUUUUCAAAACAAAGCAAACAAUAUAUUUUGAAACAAACAAUCCAAUCAGUAAAAAGAAAAGACAAAACGACAAGACAAUUUGAUUUAUAUAAACUUUAUGUGUGCGCGUGAUGUCCAAGUGAAAUUAUUUUACGCAGUUUCUAGCUUUUGCGUUCAAUAUGUAUGUGUAUAUGUAAUAUGUAACAAUAAAAACUAUAGUUAAUGGCAAUGCAA